AUGGAGGCCCCAGCUCCAACCUCGAGAUCACGGUCACGGAUUUUGGGCCGUUCUCCUAUGUUCCGCUUUUUCCGAAGCUUGGUAGGCAGCAAGGGCAACCCAAAGAGCUCGGACAAGGCCCUGGCCAGGGGCCAGUUGUGCCUGCUACAAGAACAGGAUACCACCUCCCUGAAGACGGGCCUCCAGGGGGACUGCGGGUGGAGGGAGCCAGGGCCCCUUGCCUCGCUGCCCUCUACCUUCUCAGUGGCCGUGCCCAGGGGCUCCGCACACCUGUUACAGCACGAGGCCUUUGGGCUGGGCAUGGGGGACAUGGGCUCCCAGACCACUAACCCCAAGGAGGUCCUGAGGCUUACAGCCCAGUGCGUAGAAGUGAAGCCAUUCCUUCCUGGAAGAAGCCUGGAGGUGCUGGGCAACAUGUCAGAGAAGGAAGAGGCGCCAGCAGGGGAGGCCUCGGGGGAUUCAGGGGAUUUAGACAGGAGCCACUGUGCCCAGGCCCUGGAGGAGGAGCAAGAAUGCCUGAGGUACACGGAGCUGCUGGAAGUCAGCCCAGAGGCCUUCAGCAGGGAGGAGGAGGAGGAGGAGGAGGAGGAGGCGUGCCUACUUGAUGGUGACCUCCUGCUCAUCAGUGACUGCUGUCCUUUCACAGGAGACCUCAGGCUGGCCUCUUCCAAGGCAGGAACUCCCUGGAACCGCCUCCUUGGUGUGUACAAGCAGCUCCAGAAAUCAGCCAUUGUCAAGGAGAAAGGGGAGGAAGAGGAAAUGAAGGAAGAGGACAAUUCAUUCAAGCUCUGUGUCCCAAGAAUUAUUGGCUUCCAGUCACCACUGCACAAGACUUUUAGGUCCACAGAUACAGUGGGUUUUGUGGAGUCGGAGUUGAAGAAACUUCUGGCAGUACAGCGAGAGGCUCGCCUCUGGAAGAUGGGCAGCCUAGAGGGCCGGGAGCUGCUGACCUGGCCAGAGAUCACCCUGGAGGAGGCUGGCAUGGUGGAUGGCCAGCAUCUGCUCCUCGAGGAGAUGGAUGAGAUGGGAAACUGGCCUCCUCCGGAGUGAGGCCCCUGCUGGCCAGAGUCUGUCCUGUCCCACACCCCUGGGCCCACUUGUAGUAGGAACACGUCGCUCUUCCAGGACACAUCCAAGAAGCCCCUAGAGCCUGGGGGGGCUUUGGAAUGAACAGUGUCCACGCAUCUGGAGGGUGGCCCAACAUACUGUCCCCACCCAUAAGACU